AAAGCCGGGGCCGAGCGGUCGCGCGCGCGGCGCUGUCCCCGGCGCUGGUGGCGGCUGUGCGUGGGGCCGGGCGGGCUCCCUGCCGCCGCGUCGCCAUGGCGGGGGCGCUGGGCCGCAAGGCCGUGGACUACGUGCGCAGCAAGGAGUUCAGGGACUACCUGAUGAGCACUCACUUCUGGGGGCCAGUAGCAAACUGGGGACUUCCUCUUGCUGCUAUUAAUGACAUGAAGAAAUCUCCAGAAAUCAUCAGUGGUCGAAUGACGUUUGCACUGUGUUGUUACUCCUUGACUUUCAUGAGAUUUGCCUACAAAGUACAGCCAAGAAACUGGCUUCUCUUUGCAUGCCACUUUACUAAUGAAGUUGCACAACUUAUUCAAGGAGGACGACUGAUCAAAUACAGGAUGGAAAAAAAGAACUAAGUAUUUCUUAACUUGAAAUAAAGCCAGUGAGUCUGCUCAUCCUGAAUUACAACUGAGGAAGACUUGCCAUCUACAGUUGCUAUGAUGAUUACAAUGGGGAUAAAAUUGAAACACCUUUAUGAAUGUGACCCCUUGCCCCCUAAUAAUUGUCUACUAAUUUUUAGCUUACCUCUUUUUAAAGUAUCAUCCAGAAAUGUAAACCAUUGCAUUUAAUGUCCUGCUGCCUUAAAGUCCUUAAUUAUCCUUCUAAUGAGUUACUUAUCCAAAUAAACAAUAUUUGGAAAGGAACUUUUAUCCAACAGUCUGCAAAAGUAAAUGGUCCAUGAUGGUUUGACAAAACUUGUUUUCAAAUAAACAUGAGCAGAGGUCACUAAAAGAGAACUGUAGGCGAUAUCAUUGUUCUACAUAUUAACAUUCUUAAAAGCCAUUUAACUAAAUGUGGGUGCAUUCAUUCCUAUUGUCUCUUUUUAAACUUCAGCAGUGGCUUGCUAAUCUAGAAGCACAAAUAUGUAGACAGUUAGCCUGGAAGUGACCGGCUUUCUCUCUUCCAUUACUGCAUGCGUUGUCUCAGUAAAGAGACUUAAUUUACAUGUAUUUAAGUCACACAUUAUGUAAAGAAAAAUUGGAAAAAGCAAAAGCUUAGCACUGGAGGAAGGCAACAAAGUCUGUCACUAUUCCUCAAGAAGUUCUAAAUGGAUUUUAGUGUCUUCCAACUGUUAGAUCUUUCUAGAUACCUGUAUUUCUUAUUCAGGCAAAACAUAAUUUCUUGGGAGUCUGAGAUCUGAAAGACAAAAGAUGCCUUUCAAUAAUAUUUUGACUUCAUUGUGAGUUUUUCAUGCCUGACCUGCCUGAAAAGAUGAAGAUACCUCUGAAGAUAGAGAUGACAAAGAAUGUAUGUGGUUUAUUUUUAUUUCAGUGCAGUGUUUUUGAACAAUAAAACAUCUUUUUGAAUGACAGUAAAUCCUUCCAAAAUUCUUAAGAGUUUUGUUCAUCAUACUGUGAUACCAGAGCCUGAAGUAAAAUUUGAGUAUGAAAUGUCCUUUUAUUUUGAUGGCAUUAAGUGGAAACGAGCAGGAUGGUAAAACUAAUGGUAUUAUCCAUUGAAGAGGUUAGGCAAGUGUCCACUGGAUGCUAAUACCUAGAGUCUAACUUCUUUCUUAACUAGAGACUGGAGAGGAGAGAGUACUUACUGAGUUUGAGUAUUUCUGUUAUAGGCAAGCUUGAAUUCAGUGCUCUGAAUAUGCAUCUGAGUAAAUAUCAGUAUGUUCUAUGUUCUGGCUGCAUGUAUGUUGAAAUAAUGGGGACUAGUACUGUGAGACUUGCCAGUUAUAAGGUAAUCAAUUAAAAGCCUUAUUAAUCCUAGGCAUUUAAUUCUAAUCAUGCAAUAGCUAAACUUUGUAACAGAUGUACAAGGAAGCUUAAUAGGCAUGGCCUGCUGAGUCAUUACAACUGACACUAGUGCUGCUUUAGAAAAGUUAGUAUAUAAGACUUCCACUUCAGUAUUGUUGUUCAGACACAAAAGGAGUUAUCUUCUCUCCUUUCUUCUCCUAGAAAAGGAGAAGCAUUAGAUUUAUAAGUGAGAAUCAUGAGAUGCAUACAAAUAAAGAUAACAGAUUAUCUUAGCAACGUAUAAUUUACAUGAGCUUGGCAUUUCUGAAGGAGAAAUGGCUUGCAUGCAAGUUUCAACUUCAUACAAGUGAAGUAACUUCACCUCUUAGCCUUAGGGGAGGUAAAAUGGCUUGCAGUAAUGGGAAAAUAGGUUUUGAUUCACAUGGUGCUUUGCUCACUGUUCUCUAGCUGCCAUUUGUCUUACAAAUGUGAUUCCCUACUUAGGGAAAUGGCAAGAGUUUAAUAGUCUUCAUUUUCCUAAUAUGCAGCUGCCUACUCCAUAUUCUCAUGCAUUUUCCUCUACUUUCCUCUCUUCCUUUCUUCCCUCAUGCAAGUUUCCUCAUUCUAGAGCAGUGUGAGUGUGAAUUGCAGGUGGGAAAUGGGCUGUUGCUUGUUUUGAUUAUAGGAAGCUAACAUUGGUUUAAAAAUCUAGUCUGUGUAGACUUCUGAGAAAGGAGUGAAACAUAGCUCAAAAGUUUAAUUUUCUUAAUGUGAAUGAGAAAAGCCUGGUGGUCUUAGGUGUGGUUUGUAUGGGUUUGGGCACUCUACUGUUCCAAAUGAAGUGUUUUUAAAGUACCAGGUUUUAAACCAGCCUGAAUUAAUUUGUACAAUUCUUUGGCCCUCUUAAGGUUACACACAACACAUUGAAUAAAGCCAAAGUUUAGAUAUUGAACAAAUUGAGAAAAUUGAAUGUCUGCUCAAAAAUAGCUUUCUUCAUUUGACUACUAAAAUAAUGAAAAUGAGAAGCCAGCUAAAUUACUGUUAUUGCCAAAAAAAAAAAAAAAAAAAAAAAAAAAAGAAGAGAGAGAGAGAGAGAGAGUGUUCAUAUUUACUCAUUUUUGCCCAAGGUGUGUAUCUUUUCUUUUGGAGGUGGGGGCGGAGGGAGAGAUUGCCUGUCUUUGCCCCAGAACAGUUUCUCAUACCUAUGGUCACCUGUAGCAGAAUUUUCUUUGAAAUGUAGUCAAAAUACUGUCAUAAGCUGGAACUGAUCACAUGUCAAAUGGGGUGUUCCCCACUUCUGAAUAGUGGGGCUGCUAUUAGCAGCUUGGUGAAUUAAGUGGUGCCUCUUUAGUGGCAUACCUUUUAGCACAUCCUAUGUACUGUUGGAAAAACAUCACCCUUCACUAGGAUUAAUCAAGCUGAUGACUGUUUGGUCCUAUCCUUGGUAAAUAGAGGGCACUGUGUGAAUUAUUAAGCAACUUCUAGUAUAUCCAUGGGGAGAAUCAUUCCAUACGCUCCUCAGUCCCAUUGUAGUUCUGGAAACAGUCACCUGUCUCUGAACACUGUUUGCCUAUAGUUUCUCAGCAGUGCAGAUACUAAAUGCAUUUCAAACUAAA